CCGAUGAGGAGGAUUAUCUAAAAAUGCUCACGGGAUCUAUUAACGAUGAGACCGCUUAUUGGGAUAUACCGUAUGAGGCUAGAAUAGAGGAAGGAGAACCAAAUGAAAGAAAUGCGGAACCUAGGUGUAGUGAUGGGGUUAAUAAAGGACAAGGGAUACCAUUCAAGCGAAGUAAAAAUAAGCAUGGAUAUCUGUUCUCAUAG